CCGCCUCUGCCUUUUCUUUCUGCCCAUAGCAGUCGUAGUUGUAGUACAUAACAAUUCUUCUCGCUGUAUAAGAAGAAGACGAACGUUAAUACAACUACAAGGCGGAUGAAUUCUGGUGAAGUUCUAGCAUUGAUUCCCGGAGCCUAGGGUUUCGUUGUCACUCCACUUUGGGAGCGAAUUAGCCAGGAAUUUGUUGACUUCGAUCACCGCAAAUCGCUUUCUCGCAUCGCAUUGCCCCUUGACUUCAUCGUCUUGCUUUUGGAAACCCGUAGGAGAGUUUCUAGGGUUUCCACUAACGCUGCAAGUAUCUGUGUCCUGUUUCCUGUUUCCUGAUCAUCUGAGUUGCAGAUUGUAGUUUAGGGAAUUUAUAAAGGAUGACAAUGAGUCAGAUGCCUCCAAUACAACUGGAGCAUGGUUGGGAGUUCAUGCAGAAUGGUAUUCAGAAAUUGAAGAUAAUUUUGGAAGGGAACGCAGAGAUGCAUUUCAGUGCUGAAGAUUAUAUAUCUCUGUAUACAACCAUUUACAAUAUGUGUACGCAGAAACCUCCUCAUGAUUAUUCUCAGCAGCUAUAUGAAAAGUACAAGGAAGCAUUUGAUGAUUACAUCACGUCAACAGUCUUGCCAUCUCUAAGAGGCAAACAUGAUGAGUUUAUGUUGAGGGAGCUUGUUAAUAGGUGGGCAAACCACAAAAUUAUGGUCAGGUGGCUUUCACGCUUUUUUUUUUAUCUUGAUCGAUAUUUUAUCUCUCGGAGGUCACUUCCUGGUCUGAGUGAAGUUGGGCUGACUUGCUUCCGCAACUUGGUUUACCAGGAGUUGAAGGUCAAAGUUAGAGAUGCUGUUAUUGCUCUGAUUGAUCAAGAACGUGAAGGAGAUCAGAUUGACAGAGCUCUGUUGAAGAAUGUACUGGAUAUAUUUGUUGAAAUUGGUAUGGGACAGAUGGACUACUAUGAGAAUGACUUUGAGUUAGAGAUGCUUGAGGACUCGGCAGCUUUUUACUCCGUAAAAGCAUCAAACUGGAUUGUGGAAGAUUCUUGUCCUGAUUACAUGUUGAAGGCUGAAGAGUGUUUGAAAAAGGAGAAGGAUAGAGUAUCUCAAUAUUUGCAUCUCAGCAGCGAGACAAAGCUUUUGGAUAAAGUGCAACACGAGUUAUUGGUCACGUAUAUUAACCAAUUGCUCGAGAAGGAGCAUUCUGGAUGCCGUGCACUGCUCAGAGAUGAUAAGGUUGAUGAUUUAUCUAGGAUGUAUAGACUAUUCCAUAAAGUUCCAAAAGGACUUGAUCCGGUGGCAAAUGUUUUUAAGCAGCAUGUCACUGAUGAAGGUAUGGUUUUGGUACAACAAGCUGAAGAUGCAGCAAGUAACAGGGCAGAAACUGUUGGUGCCUCGCAGGAGCAGGAUUUUGUGAAGAAAGUCAUUCAGCUGCAUGAUAAAUAUAUGGCAUAUGUAAAUGACUGCUUCUCAAACAGCACUCUUUUUCACAAGGCAUUGAAAGAUGCUUUUGAGGUCUUUUGCAACAAAGUGGUUGCUGGCAGCUCAAGUGCAGAGCUGUUGGCUUCAUACUGUGACAACAUCCUGAAGAAGGGUGGUAGUGAAAAACUGAGUGAUGAAGCUAUUGAAGACACCCUAGAUAAGGUUGUGAAGCUUCUUGCAUAUGUUAGUGAUAAGGAUCUGUUUGCUGAAUUCUACAGGAAGAAGCUUUCUCGUAGAUUGCUUUUUGACAAAAGUGCCAAUGAUGAUCAUGAAAGACUGAUUUUAACUAAGCUAAAGCAACAAUGUGGUGGACAAUUCACAUCAAAAAUGGAGGGAAUGGUGACAGAUUUGACACUGGCAAAAGAAAAUCAGAACCACUUUCAAGAAUACCUUAACAAUAACGCAGUUGCUGCUCCUGGGAUUGAUUUGACUGUCACAGUUCUCACGACGGGAUUCUGGCCAAGUUAUAAAUCCUCUGAUCUUAGUCUCCCUGAAGAAUUGGUGAAGUGUGUUGAAGUCUUCAAGGACUUUUACCAGACAAAAACAAAACACCGCAAACUUUCAUGGAUUUAUUCCUUGGGCACUUGCAACAUAAAUGGGAAGUUUGAGCCAAAACCAAUUGAGUUGAUUGUGGGGACUUAUCAGGCUGCAGUCUUGUUGCUGUUUAAUGCUUCAGAUAGAUUGAGUUACUCUGAGAUCAAGACACAGUUAUAUUUGGCUGAUGAUGAUUUAGUCAGAUUGCUUCAAUCUCUCUCAUGUGCCAAGUAUAAAAUUCUGAAGAAGGAGCCUAACACUAGAUCUGUUUCUCAAAAUGAUUUCUUUGAGUUCAAUUCCAAGUUUACAGACCGAAUGAGGCGCAUCAGGAUUCCUUUGCCUCCUGUGGAUGAAAGGAAAAAAGUAGUGGAAGAUGUUGACAAGGAUAGAAGAUAUGCCAUUGAUGCCUCAAUUGUGCGUAUUAUGAAGAGUAGAAAAGUUCUGGGUCAUCAACAAUUAGUCCUGGAGUGUGUUCAGCAGCUGGGCCGCAUGUUUAAGCCGGAUGUCAAGGCAAUAAAAAAGCGGAUUGAAGAUUUGAUCACUAGAGACUACUUGGAAAGAGAGAAAGAGAACCCAAACUCGUACAAGUACUUGGCCUAAUUUACACUGCUGGUACCUGCAGUAACAUAGAGAAUCUACAUGACGCACAGAUUCCAUUCAAGUGUAAAUGCGCAGUGAAUUCGGGACAUCAUUUCCCCACCAUGAUGUUUGACAACGUUCAGCGGCUGGUGUAGCCUACCCCUCAAUCUUCACCAGUUAAAACUCUUUUGGCCAUGCUACAUCACUUGGUAUAGCUUUAAGCAAAGACCAAUUUUGUCGUUUGUUACUGUAGGCUUGUAAAUUUCUAUGCCGUAACACCGUCGUAUUAGGGCAUAUUUGCUAAGUAUAUCUGAAGAAAACAUUUUCUAUUUGGGAAAUGGGAUUUCAAUGCGAUUAACAAACA